AUGGGGAAUAUCAGUAAACUUAAGCGUGGUCGCUCCCGUGUCACCCCGCGCCGCACAUGUCAAACCCUAACCUCCUCGAGCAAGGUCGAAGCUGCGUCAAUGUCGGACAAGUGCGAGAUCCAAUUCGAUGCCGAUCCCAUCCAAGGCGCAUCAGGCGGUCCAGGACAAGUCGCCCAAGUCUCCAAUUUUGAGGCGACGCACAGAGGUCAAUCUUCCCGACUGCCGCUGGAUCUUUUAAAUUUCCCUGAUGAAUUCAAAUCACUGGAAAUGGACAGACUACUUCCUUGUGACUUAAAAAACACUAAUCCAACUGCCUUGCAGCAGUACAAUGCCUACCUUGACUGGUUUUACGACUCUCAUAGAGGUCCUGCUCCUGUUGCAUCCCUUGCUGAUACUGCCUCCAUGUAUUUGGAGAAGGAGAACAGCAUGGUGUCCUUGUGGGUGAAUUCACACGCCUGUAGUAGUAUUCGUGGUUCCAUAGUGAAUAAAUGCAUUGUUAGCUAUAUGCAUUUUGCGAUUAAAGGAAAAGGUGAAAUAGAACAUCCAUAUGCCUUCGUUGCUGCUGAGUGUCUUGCUAAGGAGGCUGAGUUGAUUUGUGAAUGGCUCAGGCGUGGGCGCCGUAUUUUUACCGAUGAUGAGUACACCUUUUGCCAUAACAUCCGGGUUGCUGCUGCUGAACUUUUUAUUACCUGUCGGAAGUGGUCUUCUCAUAUUGCUGCUGCCCUUCUGGGUAUCAGAAAGGAGGCUGAGUGGUUGAUUGAGAACUUGAAGUGUAAUUUUGGUAAAUCCAUUAGUACCUCCAUGAAGAUUCGACAAUUUGCCUUAGAUUUUCUUUGGGAAAAGUUUCAUGAGCUUGAACCAUGUUAUGCGUGGGGAAAUGAGGAGAGCAGUGAAAUUGAAAUGGCCUCUGAGAGUGAUGAUGAUGUCGCUAAAAGCCAAGAUAACAACGACAUGGGGGAUUGCUAUGAUGAAGACUACUUGAAACUUUAUCGUUAA